AAUCCCCAAUCAGUUACAAAAGUGGAGCUCAUCGUGGCGGUCGUCGACUAGAAUUUGAAGCGGUAGACAUCGAUACGCACUUCUCAAAUAGGAAGGACCAGUUUGAACCAUGGUUAUCAACUUCGCUGCAGGCCCAGCUAAACUACCCGAAGAGGUUUUACAAGAGGUACAAAAGAACUUGUUAAACUACAAUGGCUGCGGUAUUUCAGUUAUGGAAAUGUCGCACCGCUCCCCCUCAUACGCCAAGAUCCAGAAGGACGCCAUUAGUAGCUUGAGGGAUAUUCUGAGCAUACCGGACAACUAUAAGGUGUUGUUUAUGCAAGGGGGAGGAUGUGGACAAUUUGCUGCAGUGUGUAUGAAUCUUAUAGGACGGAGUGGUAAGGCUGAUUAUGCUGUCACCGGCUCCUGGUCGGCGAAGGCUGCAAAGGAGGCUAGUCAGUAUGGACAAGUGAAUGUGGUAUUUCCGGCUUUGGGCAAAUAUACCACUGUUCCGCCUUUAAACACUUGGAAUCUAGACCCAGAAGCAUCGUAUUUAUAUUAUUGUGACAAUGAGACUGUAGACGGUGUUGAGUUUGAUUUUGUACCCGUCCCUCCGAGCAACGUUCCAUUGGUGUGUGAUAUGUCGUCAAACUUUCUGUCACGUAAGAUCGACGUCGAGAAAUACGGUGUUAUUUUCGCUGGAGCUCAAAAAAAUAUUGGCCCAUCUGGAACGACUGUUGUCAUUAUAAGAGAAGAUUUAAUGGGAUACCAGACUAAGGAGACGCCUUCUGUUUUCAACUACGCAUUAAUGAGCAAAAACGAUUCAUUGUUUAACACACCAAACACAUUUGGAAUAUAUGUAAUUGGUUUAGUCUUCCAAUGGAUUCAACGUAACGGCGGGAUCGAAGGCAUGUCAAAAAAUGCCCAGAAAAAAUCAGAGCUCAUAUAUGAUGUCAUAAACAAAUCAAAUGGAUUUUAUUACUGUCCAGUAGACAAAAAUGUUCGUUCACGUAUGAAUGUACCUUUCAGAAUCGGAGGACGGUCAGGUAACGAUAAUCUGGAAAAGGCUUUUCUUGCAAAAGCUGAAAAUGAAGGAAUGAUCCAAUUGAAGGGCCAUCGUUCCGUUGGUGGCAUUCGCGCAUCGCUCUACAAUGCGAUCAAGGUCGAGGAAGCUCAGAAACUGGCUGAAGUUAUGUUACAGUUUUAUGAAAAUAACAAGAAAUAAAGUGUUUACAUAAAACAAAGAUUUUUUUA